AUGGCGUCGUCAUCACGCAUAGACGCUCCCAAAAGACGACACGUUUCUCGCGAAUCCGGCUCAUCAACAGCCGAUUUUGAGGAUGUAAUGAGCAGCAGUGAGUCUGGAGAAGAUGUUGACUCAUCAGAUUUUGGCACCGAUGACGAAGAUGCGUCAAGUCAAACCGCAACGUCCGACAGGGUCUCAACGCUCUACGGACAUGAUUCCUUGCCUGCAUCUGUCAAGCGCGUACAGUUUCUGCCGAGACGAAACCCGGGGGUCGAAGUCGGCGGCGCGCUCCGGAGUAAUGCAUGGCGCUUCGUCCGGGCGGUCGAUUUCUUCCAGUUGUUUUUCACCACGCAGGUGAUAAGCAUGAUCUGCAACUACACGAACAAAUAUGCGUGGAUGCAUAUUUUAGAGAGGCAGACGUACGCGGAAAGAGACGGCUCGUGGAGGAACUUCAGUCCCGAUGAAGUGAUGAAGUGCAUUGCAAUGCUCAUUUACAUGGGAAUUGUUGAGUUGCCUCGCCUUCAUCUGUAUUGGAACACCUCCGAAUUGUUUUCUGGUCUCAUUCCUCCGAAGAUUAUGCCGAGGAGCCGUUUCUUUGCGUUCCUUGCCUUUCUCAGUGUCAUGGAUCCGGAGCUGACAAACCCCGUCCGCGAUGGCAAGCUGCACAGGAUAUCAAACCUACUGAAGCACAUCAAUGACGUCUCUUCGCAGCUUUUUCAGCCGUACCGCAACGUGUGUGUAGACGAGAGAAUGGUAAAGUCAAAAGGAAGAUCGGGAAUCCGUCAGUAUAUGCGGGACAAGGGGGUCAAAUGGGGGUACAAACUCUGGGUCCUCGCAGACUCAAGGACAGGCUACACUGUCCAAUUCAGUGUUUACACCGGGAAGAGAGAGGCACCCAGCUCAAAGGAACUCGCUUAUGACGUUGUAACGAGCCUCUGCGAGUCUUACUUAGAUCAAGGAUACAUCAUCUACCUCGAUAACAUUUACACAUCCACGUCUCUGUUUGUACACCUACUUGAGCGGAAAACUCUGGCUUGCGGAACAACACGCAAAGAUCGCCGCGGAUUCCCCCCCAGCUGA